AUGGAUUUGGCUUUGGGGUUUCGAAGUGGACUGGUUAAGACAUAUGACCGUGAUUCCAUUCAGAAGUGGAUUGAGGAUGGGAAUGCUACAUGUCCUCAAACUGGGAAGAGGAUACAGUCGUUGGCUAUGCUAAUCCAAGACAAUGUACGCAAAGAUAUGAUAUCUAGCUGGUUUGAAAAUCCUUCACUCAACAAUGAGUUCCAACAGGCUGAUUUCCAGGCCACAAUGGAAAUAAACUUAACAGCCGAGACAUUGGAAGGCCAGAGGGAACUUUUCGAGAGAUUGCGUCGCUUAACAAAGGAGAAUCAUGCAUUUCGGAAGCAUUUUGUUGAAUCAGCUGCUGUUCAUGUCCCAACACUAUUCAAUGGCCUCUGUUUAGCUAUUGCUGCCUCUAGAAACAGCAUCUUUCUGGAUGAUCUUCGUGAGUCCCUUAUUGCCACUCUUACGAACACAGCUAUGUCAAGAGGUUGGUUGCAAACAAUGGAUGUUUGGGAUGAUAUAAGGUUUCGGACAGUAGCUGCUAGUGCCAUUAAGACGCUGCAAGGAACAGAUUCGUGA